AUGUCUGGGGAUGAACUCUUCCAUAUCGAUAGGCACGGCCAAGGAGGCUUGGCAGCACUUCACCUCGCUGCUCUCAACUUCUCGCAGGAUCGAUCAGCGCCUGAACAACAUCCUGGUCAUGAUAUAAUACAUCACGACCUGACUGGAGAUUCUCAAUCAGGCCAGCAUAAGCAGCAUGUCGGCCCCGCCCCAGGAGGCCACGCCGCUGCCGGACCUCGCGACUCUCUCCGCUCCGCACUACGAACGCAAUGCAUUAUUACGGCAACAUCAGCUGGAAGUAUACAGACAUCUCUUACAACACGAUCGACCAACUCUCCUGAUCAAAUUGACACCAUCUAUGCCGAUGGCGAGAAAUCGAAAGACACUGCUUACACCAAGAUCGUGCGACAGACUGGGUACUAUCACGAGCCCAUGGCUAAAGCGAAAGGCAGCCUCUCUCUCCGUAGCAUUGUCAAGUUGAAUCUCAUGGAAGAGGCCACGAACGUUGAAAAAGCCAGAAAGGAUCGCGAAUGUGCAAUACAGAUGGGUUUCUCACAAAAAGAACUGGACCACAUGCGGACCGAUAUCUCCAGCUCAUAUGCUCAAAAAUUGCAUGAGACCAAACACGCGGAGGGCUGUAUUUGCUCUGCACUCGGUGAUAUACUGAGCUGCUCUUCCCAAAGCACUGCCGACGAGGGAUUGGAGAACGAUUCAUCAUCCACAGCAUCACUCGGAUCAUUGGAAUCAACGACACCAGCUGAAUCUGAUCCUUUCAUUCCUAUCAACGGGCACUCCAAAGAACCAGAUGCUGUCCCAGUAGCAAACGGUCAGAUGGCGGAAGCUAACGACCAGGCCAAUUCUGUGGACGGGUCGAUGACCGUGGCUGUCAACGCGGACGCGGCCACGACGCCUGUGGCUAUAGCUGACGAAACUGAUCUCGACGACUUAGAUUUGGACGUCCAGACCGAUGCCGCGGCUACAGAUGACGACUGUUUCGAUCUCGGUCUCGGCACCCCAUUUGGUCGGAAUGAUAGCGCAGCCGACGAACAGAUCGAUUGUGGUAUUCUAUCCGAAACUGCCGAAUAUGUCAACGAUACUGCUGUCAAGAGCGGCGAGGACCUCACGGCUCAAAAGAAUGCCAGCGAAGACACAGACAUGUUCGAGGAUAUGGAUGAUCUGCUCCAAGAUCAUGGUGAAGACCCCUCACAAGGACAUGGCGAGGAGAGAGGCGAGGAGAGAGCGAAGGUUCCAAGCAUGACUUCAAUAACUGGCACACUAGAUGGGCUGGAUAUGAUCAGAAGAUGUCUUGGAGGCGACUACUGCCAGAAAGCAUCACAAGAGCAACAACCAGAACUCAUGGCAGAACGGGGUGUGGUGUUGAGCAUUUCUGGAAUGCAUACGCUGGAUACUUUGGAAGCUCCUUCGAGACACGAACGAAUCGAUUUCUCAAUCGUGUGGUAUGAAUUCCCUCUAGUUGAAGCACAAAGAGCAAAUACAAAGACGACAAAGACGUCACAUCCUUGUGACGUGCCUCAUUCCGGCGAUCAAUUCGAACCUCUGCUUGUGAAACGGCCCAUGGACUUCUUACGAGGCAUUCGCGACCUCAUAUUUGGUCGUGCUGUGGUCUCCGAACAAGCCGAUGUAGAUGUGCAACAUGCCACAACAACACCAGCAGUCAUCUCGCAUACCGAAACAAGACCCAGAAGGAAAUCUUCCGACAGAAUUUACCAGGAAGGAAGCGCAGAGGACUUUAUCACCGCUCUACAGGAUGCUGUCGAGUCUGAGAUGGAGCGAAAAGACAAAGAGGAGGAAGUGAAGGGACUAGAGCAAAAACGUUCAGACAAACGCCGCCGCCGCCAGCGUCCAAACCGCCAAAAAUCUCCUUCAACAAAUGUCGACAAGAUUUGGAAUUCCUUCUCUCCUUCACCAAACAAGAAUCGGAAUCGAAAAUUUCUCGCCGAAGAUGCUGCAAAAGGCGAUCUGAGCAGCUACACAGGAGGCGAUGAUGAGCUCCGAGCCUACCUACUAUUGAGGACCCCCCCUCCUCCGCAUAAUGUUGGCGCGUGGGACUCAAGAGAUGGGACUCUGUAG